UUCUAUUAAAAUUGCGAAUUGACAUUUCGCUUGUCAUUUUCGAUACAUGUGUAUGUGGUACUUCAGAGAGCGAGAGAAACGAGAUGAUGAUAUGCGAAGAUAUCAGAUGUCCCCUAUAGCAAAGGAUUGUCUGAACCGGGAAUGGGAGGGAACCAACAAGAAGAGAGCGUACCGCGAAGGCAAAUGAUGACGGAUCAGUUUGGUUUAUUUUUGUGAAAUGUGAAUUUUCUGCUUGAUAUUUAAAACAACUAUACGUCGUGUAAAAGUGCUUCAUUCUGUGGAUCUAUUAUUGAUAUUAGGAAAAUUACCAGCGCAAAAUUGCUUUUGUACGUCGCUCCCUAUUUAUUUUCUACCAAAAGUGAUUUUGGUCGAAUUAGGAGCUUGCACAACUGGAGUUAAGAGAUCGUGGAUGUGAUUCCGUUAGGACACAAAGAAACACCUACACUGAUAUUUGCAACCGGAAAUCAGCGGCAGUCCAGCGUAACUCCCGACUGUGGAUGUUCUUACGCAUUUUCUUUCGUUAGUGCUGUAAUAAUCAAGAAAUGAACACGAUAAAUAAAUCCGCUGGUCCUGCUGAAAAUGGUGCAGUUCAUAACGAGCGAAUUGUAAUACUAGAUGCGGGCGCACAGUACGGAAAAGUUAUCGAUCGGAAGGUUAGGGAACUGCAGGUAAGGUCCGAAAUUCUACCUCUGGAAACUUCUGCUCAGCAACUGAAAGAACUGGGCUACAGGGCCAUUAUCAUUUCCGGUGGUCCCAGCUCUGUCUACGACGAAGAUGCUCCCGUAUAUGAUCCGGAUAUUUUCAAUAUAGGACUCCCUGUUUUAGGAAUUUGCUAUGGAAUGCAGAUAAUCAAUAAAGAAUUCGGUGGGUCUGUUCAUAAAAAAGAAGUUCGUGAAGACGGCGAGCAUACCAUUGAAGUGGAAGCGACGUGUCCUCUUUUCAAUCGUUUAGCGCAAUUGCAAACAGUGCUGCUAACACAUGGGGACAGUAUCGAUCGGGUAGGUUCGAAACUGAAAAUCAGUGCGUACUCAUCUAACAGGAUUGUGGCUGGUAUCUACAACGAGCAGCAGCGCAUUUAUGGAGUUCAGUUCCAUCCGGAGGUGGAUCUAACUGUGAAUGGCAAACAGAUGCUGUCAAACUUUUUGUUUAACAUCUGUGGAUUGACGCAAAGUUUUACGAUGCGAAACCGACAGGAGGAGUGUAUUGUUUACAUUAAGGAACGCGUCGGAAAUAGCAAAGUGUUGAUGUUAGUGAGUGGUGGCGUGGACUCAACGGUUUGUGCAGCACUGCUUAGAACUGCCUUGAAACCCGAACAAGUUAUUGCUGUCCACAUUGAUAACGGUUUUAUGCGUAAAGAUGAAAGCGCUGCUGUGGAGAAAUCCCUUCGUGAUCUCGGUGUCGAUCUGUUGGUGAAAGAUGCAUUCUACAAAUUUUCAAGAGGCACGACCACGAUUAAGGUUCCCGGUUCUCUGUACAACCAGGACACGCCGAUGCUCUGUCAAACCAUCAGCCCGGAGGACAAACGUAAGAUAAUCGGCGAUGUAUUCGUGAAAGUUUCGAACGAAAUACUGAAGGACCUAAACCUCAACCCUGAGGAAGUGUUUCUAGCGCAGGGCACCCUACGUCCAGAUCUGAUCGAAUCGGCAUCGUCGUUGGUCAGUGCCAAGGCAGAUACAAUCAAAACUCACCACAACGAUACCGAAUUAAUCCGACAACUACGGGAGGCCGGUCGGGUAAUCGAACCACUGCAAGAAUUUCACAAAGACGAAGUGCGACAGCUUGGCUAUGAAUUGGGUCUACCAGCACAUUUGGUCGAACGGCAUCCGUUUCCUGGACCUGGUUUGGCAAUUCGUGUUCUCUGUGCUGAGGAGGCAUUCAUGAAAGAUUAUUCUGAAACACAAGUUAUUGCAAAAGUGAUUGUGGACUAUAAGAGCAAACUGGAACAGACACAUGCACUUCUGAAUCGUGUUUCCAGCACGACGACCAAGGAAGAACAAGAUGAACUGUGUCGCAUUUCGAGUAGCAUACAUCUCAACGCAACUUUGUUGCCAAUUCGAAGCGUAGGGGUUCAAGGCGAUAAACGGUCAUACAACUAUGCAGUAGGUCUUAGCAGUAAAGAUCAACCUAAUUGGGAAGAUAUGAUGUUUCUAGCAAGACUUAUACCGCGUAUUCUGCAUAAUGUGAAUCGAGUUUGUUACAUCUUCGGUGAUGCUGUUAAAUAUCCAGUACAGGAUAUAACUCACACACUGCUAACACAAAAUGUAGUAGCACAGAUACGACAAGCGGAUAGUAUUGCGAACAGGAUUCUCCUAGAAAAUGAGUGUAUGCGAAAGAUAUCGCAGAUGCCGGUCGUUCUAAUACCAGUGCACUUUGACCGCGAUCCUGCUCCGAAAACACCAUCCUGCCAGCGUUCUGUCGUGUUGAGACCUUUUAUUACCAAUGAUUUUAUGACGGGACUACCAGCGGUGCCUGGCACGGACCGAUUGCCAUUACCGGUUCUGCAAAAAAUGGUCGAUGAAAUCGGUAGCCUGAGCGGAAUUUCACGAGUUCUUCUUGAUCUGACCUCGAAACCACCAGGCACUACCGAAUGGGAAUGAUUGUGCUGACCGGCGGAAAGCUUCCCGCAAUCAUGCGUACCAUCUGCUUCAUAAAACAUCGGAGCUUCAAUUGAUGUGUUGAUUAUCGUCGUCUAUGUUCUUCUAAACAAAAGGGUACAGUCUGACGUUUCACUUUCUCACAGCCUCCAUUAUAUAGGGACACUACCACUGACAGACCUGACAGAUACUAAAUGUAAAAAUUGCAAAAAAAUAUUUAAAUAUUGUGCUCUAGAAUGAUUACAAUGCUAUUGAAAGCAUAAUGAUAGACUUAUAUAUUGUAUGAUUUUGUAAGAAAACGUUGCGAUGAAUAGAUGAACUCUAAAUUUUGAAACUCAUCAAAUAAUUUCAAAGAUGGUCAGCCAAUCCUCCUAAUCAUCAUCAUAUGACAUUAAAGAAGACAAGAUGUCAUUAAAACACUUGCUACCUAUGUAAUCGUAGUCCACACGAAUAGAGCGACAAUUGCAAUAAGUAAAAUUGAGGUAUCAGCGUUUGUUCAGUUCCGAAAAUUCCUUAUUUCGCACAUCAAUUUAUACAGUUACUCUCGUUUCUGUUGCGAAACUAGAUAGUUCCCAAAUGUAUCAGAAAUUGAUCCGCAUUGUAUGUCUACACCAAAACAAGUAUUGACACGAUCAUUCGAAGCUUGUUCAUGUUACGAUGCGGCAAAAUGUUAAGAGUAAAAUAUAUGUUAAUUGGACCGCUGAUGUAUGAAAAAGUGCUUCAUGUUUACCACGUAUGAAAAUUAAUAAUUGAUUAUUAAUAAUUUUAAUAGAAAGUUAUUUUCCAACACAA